UAGCGAGUCCUUUUACAUAACAUGCCCUUGGCACUUCUUCUUGAGCUGUCAACACUUUGGGAGGGUCAGAACACUAAGAUCUCGUCUCAAAGCAGCCACAAACAAACACAAUAAUAAAGAAGGACAACAGACACAGGGAAGCCAGGACUUUAAUCAAAAACAACCCCCCCCAAAACAAAUAAUAAUAAUAAUAAAAAAAAUCAAAGCUGCCAAAACAACCCCAAAGUGGAACAAAGUGCAAACCAGCUGCAGGGGAGGAGAAGGGGAGCAAAGACCAAGAAUAACACCAGCACACCAGCAACUCCUUGCAGUUUUGUAACAAGCUGCUCUGGCUCUUUAAAAACUUGCAGCCCUGUGCAGUGAUAAUAGUAUUUGGAGAGCUACAAGUGGCUGAGGGCAGGUCCAAUAAGCGCCCUCAGCACCUCCUUCCCCCCCCCCCCCCAAGAACUCUGGUUACAAAUCCUCGCUCUUUUGCCCAUGGCAGAAAUGUAUAUAAACCCCCAGAAAAGCAGAUGCACUUGAAAAGACAGGUACGGGGGCCGCGGGCUGGAUAGCCCCUCCACGGGCGCUGGAGUUGGCGAGGCUGGCGCUGACAAGAGCGCGCUCCUGGGGAUCCUGACAGCUGGAUUACCGGUGCGAGCGGGCUUGGGUGCAGGUUUUGUUUCUUUCCCCCUCGCCCGCCUGGAUCAGGCUGCUGAUCUGAAACUCACCACCCCUUUGGGCAGCGCCCGGGAUCAUGCUGCGGCUGCUGGGCAUCUUUGGGCUGUGCCUAGCUGUCCUGCCCUCGCUCGGCUCCCCCCUGGAGAGCGAGAUCGUGACCCCGCUCCGCUUAGACCCGGACAUCAACGGCCGGCACUAUUUCAAAAGGGGCCCGGAGGAGCCCAGCCCCCAGGGGGUGAUUUUCCAGAUCUCCGCUUUCCAGGAGGAUUUCUACUUGAACCUGACUCCAGACGCGCAGUUCAUUGCGCCCGCCUUCGCCAUCCACUACCUGGGCGCAUCCCCCAGCGCGGCCAGGGAGCGCCCCGACCUCAGGCACUGCUUCUACUCCGGAGAUGUCAACUCCGACCGGGAAUCCUUCGCCGCCCUCAGCCUCUGCGGGGGGCUGCGGGGGGCUUUCGGGUACCGAGGGGCUGAAUAUCUCAUCAGCCCGCUGCGGGAUGACAGCGGGAGCGGGGCGCGGAGGAACAGCCAGGGGGAGCACCUCUUGCAGCGCAGGAGCGCGCCUAUCCAAGCCGGAGACCCCACCUCCAGGUGCGGCGUGGGCUCCAGCUUGAACCCGGCCAUCCUGCAAGCGCUGGAGAAAUACAAAGGCGCCCAGCAGCAGCGGAAGAAGCAGCUGAACGAGACCAGGCUGCCCAGGAUGAGCGGCCGCGCCAAGCGCUUCGUCUCCAUCCCCCGGUACGUGGAGACGCUGGUGGUGGCGGACGAGUCCAUGGUGAAGUUCCACGGGGCGGACCUGAAGCACUAUCUGCUCACCCUCAUGGCCACGGCGGCCAGGCUGUACAAGCACCCCAGCAUCCUCAACCCCAUCAACCUGGCGGUGGUCAAGUUCCUGGUGAUCGGCCAAGACGACAAGGGGCCCAAGGUCACCGGGAACGCGGCGCUCACCCUGCGGAACUUCUGCGCCUGGCAGAAGAAGUGGAACAAAGUGAGCGACAAGCACCCCGAGUACUGGGACACCGCCAUCCUCUUCACCAAGCAGGAUUUGUGCGGCGCCACCACCUGCGACACCCUGGGGAUGGCCGACGUUGGCACCAUGUGUGACCCCAAGCGCAGCUGCUCGGUCAUCGAGGACGAUGGGCUGCCAUCUGCCUUCACCACGGCUCACGAGCUGGGGCACGUGUUCAACAUGCCCCACGACAACGUGAAGGUCUGCGAGGAAGUCUUCGGCAGGUUGAAGACCAACCACAUGAUGUCACCCACCCUCAUACAGAUCGAUCGCGCCAACCCCUGGUCGGCCUGCAGUGCCGCCAUAAUCACCGACUUCCUGGACAGCGGGCACGGGGACUGCCUGCUGGAUCAGCCCAUCAAGCCCAUCUCGCUGCCGGAGGACCUCCCUGGGGCCAGCUACAACCUCAACCAGCAGUGCGAGCUGGCCUUUGGCCUCGGCUCCAAACCCUGCCCCUACAUGCAAUACUGCACCAAGCUCUGGUGCACGGGGAAAGCCCGGGGUCAGAUUGUGUGCCAGACGCGCCACUUCCCCUGGGCCGAUGGCACCAGCUGCGGGGAGGGGAGAUUCUGCCUGAAAGGCGUGUGUGUCGAGAGGCAUAACAUCAGUAAGUACAGGGUGGAUGGCAGCUGGGGGAAGUGGACCCCGUACGGCCAGUGCUCUCGGACCUGCGGUGGGGGAGUCCAGCUAGCCAAGCGCGAGUGCAACAGCCCAGCACCUGCCAACGGAGGGAAGUACUGCGAAGGUGUCCGGGUCAAGUACCGCUCCUGUAACCUCGACCUUUGUUCUGAGUCAGGGCUAGGAAAGAGUUUCCGAGAGGAGCAGUGCGAGGCUUUCAAUGGCUACAACCAUAGCACCAACCGGCUCACCGCCACUGUCUCUUGGGUCCCGAAGUACUCGGGAGUCUCGCCUCGGGACAAAUGCAAGCUCAUCUGCAGAGCUAAUGGCACGGGUUACUUCUAUGUGUUGGCUCCUAAGGUUGUGGACGGCACUCCCUGCGCGCCCGACUCCACUUCGGUCUGCGUCCAGGGCAAAUGCAUCAAAGCGGGAUGUGACGGCAAGCUGGGCUCCAAAAAGAAGUUUGAUAAGUGCAGCGUGUGUGGAGGAGACAACAAGAGCUGCAAGAAGGUCUCGGGCUUGUUCACCAAACCCAUGCACGGCUACAACUUUGUGGUGAUCAUCCCGGCAGGAGCCUCCAGCAUUGACAUCAGGCAGCGGGGCUACAAGGGCCUCAUCAGCGACGAUAACUACCUAGCUCUGAAGAACGGCCAAGGCAAGUAUCUGCUGAACGGGCACUUCAUCGUCUCGGCUGUGGAGAGGGACCUGAUGGUGAAGGGCAGCGUGCUGCGGUACAGUGGGACGGGCACGGCGGUGGAAAGCCUCCAGGCCUUCAAGCCCAUCCAGGAGCCGCUGACCGUGGAGGUGCUGUCAGUGGGGAAGAUGACCCCACCACGCGUGCGCUACUCCUUCUACCUGCCUAAGGAGAGCAAAGACGACAAGUCCUCUUACCGGAAAGAUGGGAAAAGCCCGCCCGUGCUCAACAACAACGUCCUGAGCAUGUCCAACCGCUUGGAUCCGGGCAGGCCGAAUUACAAACGCGUGUCCUACAAGUGGGCGGCUGGUAGUUGGGAGGCCUGUUCCGUCUCCUGCGGCAAUGGGCUGCAGAAGCGCUCCGUGCACUGUCGCGACUCCUAUGGCCAACUGGCCUCCGCGUGCGACGCCGCCCAGCAGCCCGUCGAUGUCAGGAUAUGUGGUGACCCCUGCCCCACGUGGGAGGUGAGCCCCUGGUCCCCCUGCUCCAAAACCUGUGGCCGGGGCUUCAAGAGGCGCCUGUUGAAAUGCACGGCGUGGGCCGGCCAGCUCUUGCCUCGGGAUCGCUGCAACCUCAGGAAGAAGCCUCAGGAGCUGGAUUUCUGCACCCUGAGGCCGUGCUGACCCUGUGGGCACUGCUUCCAAAGAAGGCCUGGUGUCUCUCUGGCUGGAGAUAAAUGGCUGAAGGCUGAACAGCAGCUGGGGGGAGGGAGAGGGGGAGCUGUCUGAAGUGAGGGGUCUGUUACAUAGGGCAUAUCAGCGGACAAAAGGACUUGUACGCAGGGCGAGAGCGUGCCCACAUGAGAGGGGUGUUAUAGAACAGGUUGCUCAGAGAUGAAGUAAAAUAAAACAUCUACCUCGAAGCUGCAAACUGUCCAGGCUCCCUCCCCAUCCAGAGGAUGCUAUGGGCGUGGUAGGAACAGGAUCGGUCUCUGGGGACUGCUCUCCGGGAUCGAACAAAACAUCAAGGACAACAAGAGUGUGUUUCUGUAUCGCCAUGGCCAGCCUCCCUCAAGGCUUCAAAGGGUCACGCCCCAACCCCUGAAACACUAGUGCUAGAUGGGACCAAAAGGAACUACCAUUGCAAGGACGACAAACUAUACUGCUUAACGACCAGUGCAAUAAAGUGCUGGGGUCUAUUACGAACCGAUGCCUUCAGGGCUUGCUAGCAAUGACUCCGCAGCCGAUGUGUUGCUGCUCUCCAGACCUGUGCAGCAGUGUUGUCAUGCAGGGCUGUACGCCGGCCAUUGAUCGGCGGCUUUUGCUUUUCAUGUGUAUGGACCGAACAACGUAGAUUCUUAUGGUGCUUAAGAUCCAUAUUUUUAUUCUCCUUCCUCGUGGUUUACGCAAACCCUGCGGACCUGGGGUAAUUUUGUCAUUUCCAUUGGAUCCUCUCAGAAGACUAUGCCUCUUUAUAUGGUGCUUUGAGAAGGGUGUGUGAAGGGGCAGUGUACCCCUAAUACAGUGUUGGUAUGUAUUUUAAAGAAACCUCUUUUGGCCAGAUACCAUUUUACACUUAGGUCCCUUUUUGCUGUGCUAAUAGUGUAAAGGUGCCUUAAAAUGAGCAUAAAUUGCAUUCCCGUGACCCCUUUACCCUGCUGAAGCCUAAAGGGAUCUCUGUGUACGUGAGAAUAUGGCUGUAAUUCUAAUAUGGCUGCACAAUUGUGCCCCACCGCAGUGCUUCCUGUUGGAAGAAUGAGACACACUGCCAAGAGCAUUGUAUGCAUGACUGCCAUGGGUGGCAAAUACUGAGUCUUUUCUCAAAAUGGUGCUCGUGUAUGUCACUAACUGUCACUCCAUGCCCAGUAUUCACACUAUCCUCCAGUCUCUUCUCCUAACAUCUUUGUUCAGGGUUAUUUCUUAGUGCUUGUCUACACUAUCAUGCGGGGUCGACCAUGAAUAGCGUAGCUGAAAUCGAUGUACUUAGAUCAACUUACCGCGGUAUCUUAACUGCGGUAAGUCAACAGCUGACGCUCUCCCGUCAACUCUGCUUGCGCUUCUCGUUCUGGUGGAGUACUGGAGUUGAUGGGAGUCGAUUUAUCACAUCUAUACUAGACGCAAUAAAUUGACCCCCGCUGGAUUGAUUGCUGCCCACCAAUCUGGCGGGUAGUGUAGACAAGCCCUCAAAAACACAGAGAUCUUCAGUCCUGAAAUAUAAAAGAAACGGGGACUAACUCUCCUCCCAGCAGAUGUUUGUGUGGGCCUUUCCGGCCUUCAGAUAUAUGCCACGAACCCUGCUUAAGCCCAUCCCUACUUUUAUGGAUGUGUCUAUCCUGCAAUUGAGGAGCGUGAUUACAUCUUGUGCAGACAUACUUGAGCUAGCUUUAAUCUAGCUAGCUCAGGUCCCUGAGCAGUGACAUUGCAGUCAUGCAUGCUUCAGCCCAGGCUAGCCUCAGCAGGGGCCCAGGAAGGUUUGGACAGUCUGUGCUGAAGCAAAAGCCAGAAGUUUCAUUUCUCCAGGACCCAGAUUAGAUAGAUUGAAGGUACCUUGGGUAGGUCAACUCAAACUAUAAUCACACCCUGUGAUUGCAGUGUAGACAGACCCUAAGUCUGCAAGUGUUCCCGCUGGCAUCAAGGGGAUAACUCACAGGCUUAAAGUGAGGAUUAUACCUUGCUGAAUUGGGGCCCCCGUGGCCCGAUUUCCCCAUCUGUUCAAUGGGGAUCAUGAUACUUGCUCAUUUUUUGCAAAGCUCUUUGAGAUCUUAUCAUGGAGGAUACCAGAGCAGGGGAAAGUAUUUUUUAUUAUUUUUUAUUAUUGGCCCUUGGCUGGGUUGCAACUCAGGCACUGAACCGAAGACCAACUGCCUUCUAAAGUACAUGAACAACUCAUCUUCAGAUGUUGUUUGGCAAAGGGCUAAUUGUCCAUUCCUGCCCUUCUAUUGGGCUCCUCAUGGCUCUAUCAUAGCCUUUCUUACCCACAAGCUCCCUCCAGCCAGCCCACUUGAUAUACUUUGAUCGGACACUCUUCUAGAGUGAGCUUGCCUUCAGGAGCCCACCUCCCAAGUGUGGGCCCAUAACAGAGCAUCCAAAUCUCUUGUUUGAGCUGUCUGUCUUACACGCAAAGUGCUGCACUGAGCAUCUGCAUCUGUUGGAUGUUCUGUCCAAGGUUUGCCCAUGGAUCAUUCUCCAGCCCCAAAGCCCUAUAUUAAUCGAGAGGAUUCCCUUUGAUGUUGUGAUGCCAGCAACAGUAGUUAGGGAAUGUCUUCUGGGGCAGCUUCUCCACCCUAUGGGGAAGAUGAUUCUUCCUUGCCCACUGAAGCAAGUAGGAAUUUUGGCAUAGACUUGCAUGGGAUGGAACUGGGCCCAUAGAUCUCUGGGCUUCAAAAUAACCCCAACUGGAAAUUCAACAGAAUUCUGAUUUUUGAUUAAAAGGGCAUUAACCAUACCUAAUGCUGGAUUUCAGAUCAAGGAACUAUAGCACUAGGAUUAUAGACAGUUCUUCAAUGGCAAAACCCCUUUCUGAUGGAUAGAUUUAGGGCUUCUGGGCUGGAUCCUCCUCUGGUGUAAAUCAGUAUAGCUCUGUUGCCUUAAUUACGCCAUUGACUUUGAUAGAGCUACACCAACUCUCUCUCCCCACUGUCCUUCACAGAUGCUGUGCAGAAUGGGUGAUGGGGUUUAUUGUUACCUAACUCCAGCUGUGGUUCAUCCUCUUUAAAGGCCAUAGUUAACAGAAUCAAACCAUGCCCAGUCUCCAGGACACAUCAGCUCUUGAGUGUUCACUUCACUUUUCUUCCCAGUGGUGAGUGAUCAAUAAGCAUUGAUAAGAUAGUGUCAAUGCUCAGCAUUCCCAUAAUCUCUCAUAAUAUAAAAUUAGUAUCAGCAUAGGGGAAGAGAGAACUUGGACUGGUUGGUUACUGGUUACAGAAGAGAAACAAUAUGUUUUAGUGAGAGAGGAUCAGGAGAAAGGAAACUAAAUCCCAUUGGGCAAGCAGUUACCAGGGUAGUCAAAGAGUUCUGCACUAGGCCAGUGCUUCUCAAGCUAUGUGAUGUGGGGGACUGGCAAUUUUUUUUCCCAAAGUGCGCGCAGACCGGCAGCCGAUGGCUGGAGGACCGACACCGGUCCGCGGACCACCACUUUGAGUAGCACUGCACUAGGCCAUACUGGACCAGGCCCUAGAUUAUACAGUGUCUGUAUGUAACACUUCUAUUUUACCUCUUUCCCUGUCUCAGAGUCCACCCCCUCCACAUCCUUAGGAAUAUACAUGACAUUUAUUGGUGGGGUUUCUGUGUCUAGCACAGCUGAACCCCUACCGCUUCCAGUUGUGCAGCUGGUCCUGAGGGGCUGCCCUUUGUGUCUUUCCAUUGAAAGAAUUGGUUCCCUACACCAUCAAGAAUUGUCACAGUCAUGGGGGGGCGGGGGUGGGGAUUGUUUUGUUUUUUUUGUGGUUCUUUUGCAAAAUGUAUGGCAGAAGGACAGAAAUGCCUAUUGUACUGGCUGCUUUGUGUAUACCAUGUAUACUGUACAUCAGUCUUUGCUGUUUGUGCAUUGAUAGCAAACCUGAAAUAAAGUGGUAUUUAAAGUUUCAUCUUAUUCUUUGGGGGUAUGGGUCCGUGCAUUCUGCCUACUUGGGAGCAGAAACUGGCCUACUCUCAGCCUAACCCUAUCAGGAUUAGAUUUUUAUUCCAUAUGGGUGUAGUCUUCACAGACAUUAACUGGUCAAGGUACACCCUAAAGAGCCUAAAGUUUAUGGUAGGAGAUAGCAUGUAUCAAACAACAAGCUUGGCUUACCUACAUGGAGGCUGGCAGAAUGAAAUGUGUUUUUAAAUAUAAUUUCAGAUAUACUGAUGUUUAAAAUAAAAAAAAAAGGUUAAAAACAAUCAAUUUAUGUGUCCACAGUUGUGUGAGGGGUGGGUCAGACAAUCUGACAGUAGAGAUUCAAAAAGUUAGUGCUUUAUAAAACUGUUAAAACAGAGUUUACAGUGGAGCACCUCUGAGGCCAGGCUGAUGUGAUGGACAUUCAUAUCCCCUGGGACCUGCCAAAAAGAUGUGAAAAAGUUUGUCAAGUGACUGACUGGCUCAAUAUGCCAGAACCCCUUCUUGACGCCACAGAACAGUGAAAACCUUUGGCUCUGGAUAGAAGAACUUUCAUCAUUGGCAAUGU